AUGUCAACAGGGCGACUGAAAUCGUCUCAGACCAGCAGCCUGUCGCUUUACUCUGCCAAGGGAGCAGCGGAAAAGCUCUGGAAGUACAGGAUCGAGGUCGACCCCACCAACCAGUGCAAGAAGAAAUUAAAACUAAAGGGCAAGGAGCUGCUGUCGGUUCCGCUGGAGAUAUUCGACCUGGGGGAGCUGCAAGUGCUGGAGAUGAGCCCGGAACGCGAGAGCUGCCUGAAUUACAGGAUGGGCAGAGUCCCCCCGGCAAUCGGGCAGCUGGGCAACCUCACCGUGCUGCACCUGGACACCAACGAACUGAGGGAGAUCCCGCCCCAGAUCGGGGCUCUGCAAAAGCUGGAAACCCUGACCCUCAGCAACAACCAACUGAGCCGCCUCCCCGCCGAGACGGAGAGGCUGCAGAAGCUGCAGAGCCUGCACUUGGCCAACAAUAACUUCGAGGAGCUGCCGGUUCAGGUCUGUCAGCUUCGGCGCUUGUCCUUUUUGGACGCCAGCGACAACAAGGUGAAGUCCGUCCCCGCCAGCAUCGGCAACCUGGAGCGUCUGGAGACGUUGCUGCUGUACUUCAACGCCUUGCAGAGCCUGCCCGACUCCAUCUGCACUCUCGGGAGCUUACGCACCCUGUGGCUGGGGAAGAAUCACCUCAGGAGGCUGCCCAGCCAGUUCGGGCAGCUGGCGAACUUGGAAUGGGGCCGCAGCCACUGCUCCUCAAACUUCGAGGGCAACCCGCUGGAAUCUCCCCCUCCUGAGAUCUGCAGGGGCGGUCCUGAGGAGAUCAGCCGCUAUUUUGCUGGGUGGGAUGAAUGA